AUGGCGAAGCAGUCCAGCACGAGGAUUGACUGUGCUCUGAUCUCGCGGUCGCUGCUUCUCGGCCUGGAGUCAGCAUCGCAUAAGUCACCUGACGACCCGAUCUCGGACCAUGGCUUUGCCAUCAGAGUGGCCUUCCGCUGUGGCGCUAACGCGAAGCUUGGUCCGGGUGUCUGGAGAUUUCCAUCCCACCUGCUCAACAGACCGGGGGUAAGGAAAGUGGUUGAAGCAGCGGCGAAGCAGUCGGGAGGGGACUAUGUUCUGCUACUGGCUCGACUGAAUGCGGGACUCCGCGCCUAUGCUAAGGAGGAAGGAAAGAGAGUUAAGGCGACAAUGAGACACCUGUCCGCGGCGGUGGCGGACCUAAAGCAGGCGGCCAUGGGAGCUCCCAACUGCACACGCACGAGAGAGCUCCUAAGAGCAAAGGAGAGUCAACUGCGGGAGUAUCAAGCAUCACGACGGGACAGACUCCAUCUGAUGGCUGGUUAUGGGACAGAGCUCAAGGGGGAGGUGGUCUCGAAGCACCUGUCGGCAAGGGUGAAGGCCAGGAAACAGCGCACGCGGAUAGCUGAGUUAAAUGUCAACGGCACGAUGGUGUGCGACAAGCAGGGUAUUCUAGAUGCGGCUGCCGAUUUCUUCAACGGGCUCUUCGGAACGGAUAAACGGACUCACCGAACAAGUUGGUUACCGGACCGGAGGCUGUCGGCAGAAGAGGCGGAGGGACUUGCUCAGGAUUGGUCGGAGCAGGAAGUUAAAAAUGCUUUCAAGGCGUUGGCGUGCGGUAAGUCGCCGGGCUUGGACGGGAUCCCGAAAGAGCUGUUCGAGCUGCAUUGGGACAUCCUAGGAGAGUGCUUCAUGAGCCUGGCGUGCUCCUUCGAAGCUUCUGCAUCGCUGCCUGCAAACACCAAGGAGGCGGUUACGAUCUUGCUACACAAGAAGGGCGACAAGGGCCAAAUAAGCAACUACCGGCCUAUUACGCUUUUGAACUUCACUUACAAAGUACUGGCGAAAGUGGUGGCGGACCGGAUGAAGAAGGUGCUGCACCGGGUGAUCUCGAGGGAGCAGUACGGUUUCAUACCGGGCCGGAGAUUGUCGGAUGCGGUCAGCCUGGUGGCGGACAUCAUUGAUGCUGCAAACAAAGGGGACAAGGACUGGUUUUUGCUGCUGGUGGAUUUCCAAAAAGCCUUCGACACUGUUUCCCGGGGCUUCCUUUUUGAGACGCUGGAGAAGAUGGGCUUCCCUCCGAGUUAUGUGGGCUGGGAAGCGGCGAAGAGGCAGUUGGACAUUGUCAGUGACUCGGGGAGGAGGCUGCCUUACCUGGGUUAUGCGGACGAUACCACGCUUCUGCUGCAGGGGAGGGAGCAGAUUGCAGAGGCAGGGAAAAUGCUGGACUAUUUCGAGCGUGUUUCUGGUUUGGCCACAAACAAGGAUAAGUCGGUGGUGAUGCCGCUGGGCAGAAAUCUUGGAGGUCGUCCUUGGAGGCCGGACGGUUUCAAGUGGGCCGGUGCAAAUGAUGCGGAGAGACUGCUCGGGGUCUGGGUCACCGCCUCAGGCGACUGCAAGGCGACAUGGGACAAGACACUGCUGAGACUUCUGGGAGAAAUGGGGAAAUGGGAGCUGAAGUACCUCACGAUUACGGCGAGGGCGGUUGUCAUCAAUGGUUACAUUACCCCGAUCAUCGCCUUCCAGGCGCAGGUUUACCCGCCGCCGCAGGAGGUCUGGGGUCGGAUAUCGAAGCUGAUUCAUAAUUUCCUCUCGGGCAAUCACGCGUCGGAGGAGGGGUGUUUCAUCCUGUGGGGGAGGGAAACAAUAUUCGCAACACGGGAGGAGGGAGGAGUUGGUGUGAAGGACCCGGGGGUUCUGGUCACCUGUCUGGCCGCUAGAAGGAUCGGAAUCCUGCUCACCGAGCCGGAUGAUUUCAAACGAGACAUGAUGCUCGCAGCAGCAGGCCUCCCGCUGGGACUGGAUACUUUCCUAUCGCAUGAGAAGCUGUUAAAACACUGGGUUGGGGGGAGCGCGCGAUGGAAGCAAACCUGCGAAUGUUUCAUGGCGUCGCCGUUCGCUUCGGUCAGCAUGCCUCUCACCGCAGCAGAAGUUGCCGCAGAGAGAUUGGUUUUCAACAGAGGCAUUCUGCUUAACGCGAGAACGCCGGUUGGGGGACAGAAGGCUGCUAAGGCGCUUUGGGAGAUCAAGCUGGGGGACCUGGUGGCGCCCAUGGCGAACGGUGGGAUGGCAGUAAAGAGCGAGGAGACCCUAGCAUUGUCGCUUGGAACAGCUUCUGCUCGGCUGGCGCUGAAGGGGCUGGCUGCCGCGCCUGAGAACUGGAGGGAGCUGCUGCUCGCCUCAUCGGAAGGAAAUCAGGGCGCAGGCACGGGGGGAAGGGCAUAUGGCCUGCGACCUGACCGCUCCACGGUCGGCCGCAUCCUGAAGAAUGCGGGCCGCUGGGCUCUGGAGGAACCCAACGCCCCCAAUCAGGUGCGGCGCCGGGGCGGCGCAUGGCCUGAGCUUGAGCAGGCCAUGGCUCGCUGGAUCGCAAACGCGGGCCCCGCGGGCGUGCCACUCACUUUGCAGACGAUACGCGACCACGUGGCGACGAUGGCGCGACGCAUGGGCAUUCCGCCCGCGUUCCGUUGCUCCAUUGGCUGGGUCCGCCGUGCGUUGAGGCGCCAAGGAGUGCGGUGCCGUGCAGCCAUCGGCGAGGCGGCGAGCGCCGACAUGGCGGCUGUGCGUGAGGCGCGUGAGAAAGUGCCGCAGCUUCUGACUCACCUCGGUUACCAACCGCGCGACACUUUCAACUUUGACGAGACUGCGUUGUGGCUCUCUGUGCUGCCGCGUAAGACGUACAGCAACGCGCGCAUUCCCGGGCGCAAGGUCUCGAAGGACCGCCUGACGGUGGCUUUUCUCGUCAACGCUGACGGGAGCCACGUCUUCCGGCCGUUGGUCAUCAGCAAGGCGCGCCGUCCGCAUGACUUCAGGCUGGACUACGACCCGGAAGCUCUGUGCUACUGGCGGCACAACGCGAAAGGCUGGAUGACCAGCUCGUUGUUCACGCAUUUCAUAUCGCAGCUCAAUGCCGCGAUGUAUGCCGAGAGGAGGCACAUCGCGGUGCUGCUCGACAAUGCAAGCUCCCACAUGCUGCGGGACGAGUGCGCUUGGAGCGAAAUCGUCUGCGGCAUGCGGACCACUUGCCUCAGCAAUGUGCGCCUCGUCUUCCUGCCGCCUAACACAACCUCCUACACGCAGCCCCUCGACCAGGGCAUGAUCGCGACAGCGAAGGCUCGCUAUCGACAGCACUGGCUGCAGGCCUUCACUGCACUGUGGAAUGACGACGGCGCAACCAGUGCCGUCGCCCGCUGGCGCCCCAAUCUUCGCGACGUGCUCGGUUGGCUCUCCGACGCCUGGAUGAGCGUCGGAGCGCGCACCAUCCAGAGGUGCUUCUGGCGCACGGGCUGCUUGCCUCUGUCGUGGUCGCUGGAACUCACGCAUGUGCAUGAUGACGAUCCCACCCCCCAUGCUUACCCGGACAUUGAGCUCGACGACGACAUCGACAAUGUCGGGGAGCUCAUAUGCGGGCUUGGGCUCGGCGCCGGCGCAAUGACCGCCGCCGAGUACGUCGCCAUCGACGAGGGCGAGCCGACGUGCGCGGAGGCGGCGGCGGGAACGUCUCCGGAAGAUGCGGACGUGGGCCUGGUGGCGGAGCUAUGGAGGGCGCCGACCACGAUGCAGGCCGUGUAUGACGACAACGACCCCAUCGGCCGUGAGGCGCGGCGCACGGCACGGGCGGCCAGCGAGAUGCUCAUCGGCUACGCGCGCGCCGUGAACGUGACCCCGCGCGACCUGUGCCACCUGUUCGACAUCCGGAAUCCGGUCAUCAUUGAGCGCAUGGAGCGUGCAAGCCCCGCGCUGGCUCUCAGCAUGGCCCCGCCGCCCAGGCUUUCGACGAGCCCAACCCCGCCGGAGGAGGCCCAGCAUCCGCGGGGCCGUGUGCUGCCUGGCUGGAUGACCCAGCCGUCCCGCCGUCAGCAGCUUCUUGACGCCGGGGUUGGCGCCGCGAUGGGCGGGUACGUGGAGGCGGCCGAGUGGAUGCAGGUGUGA